CGGUUAAAAGCAGUACCCCCCACAUUAUAAAAGAGCCAAUCUUGUAAUAAAGUCUGAGCACGGCACUAUUAUGACCGUGCAAAGUUAUAUUAAAUCGACGCAAGGAAAGUGCGUAUCGACUACAGUUGUAGCACAACACUGUGUUUUACACGCAUUAUUCUUGUGGUCUGUGGAACCGAUGCAGAGAAUGGUACAUUUGAGGUGGAGCCGGUAGUCUGUGGUCAAGGGCGAGGUGUUGGUUCAUCUCAGGAUUGUGUCCCCGACUACAAACCAAUCUCGUAGCCUCUGUUCACCCCUGUCCUGGUUAUCACCUCAAAUCAUGUUUUUCUGGUUACCUCGCUUGUAGUUUUCCUGUCGAUAAUGUUGGUAUCAUGUUCCCUUUAAUUCUUUCUUCCUUGUAUACUUUGAGAAGAACUGUGAUUCCUCGAUGGUUGAAAUUUUGUAGAAUAUUAUUUCCGUGCUGUCUGCUUCGAUUUACAUCUAGGUUGCUACGGCUACCCAAUAUCUUCUUGUUGUAACGACACAAUGUGUCCUGAUGGGAUUGUGUUUUUGUAAGUCCUGGCAAGUGAUCACGGCAAUUAGCACCAUCACGACAUUUUCCGAGAAUCUGGUCCACAUACAUAUGUAGUGUGUGCACUUGAUUCUAUUACACGUCUGUAAAUAGACCGUUUUUUCUGUGAAUCCAAUAAAAAAAACCUUCAUUUUCUAUGUUGAAAGACCCAAAUAAAUGUUUGUAUAUAUGCCUUGGCUGUGGUUUGGGGGUCUUAAACACACUGUUAGAACAUAUAUUAUAGUGUUUCCUGCAAUCAUCGUGUUUACAUACAUAAUGGUUUCCGAAAGAAAGUUUGAACAUUUCUGAAACUGGUGUGUCACGAACGCAUGCACGCAAACGUGACUGUAUAGGGCGAAAGGUGCUCCCUCUCGCUUCAAAUGUGGCACUACCACCUAUGUGGUCUCCGUGGCGACCUGUGGGAGGUGGGUGGAGGGGGAGGAGGGGGAGGAAGGGUGAUGGUGAGAAUUCUGCGAGACGUGCUCUGUGACUCGGUUGCCUUUCUCGGUCACCGUUACGCGCAAGUCACACCUUCCUUUGGAAGAACUGGACAACUGAGGGCUGAUAUUUUAUUUGUGCUUCUAGCGGUGGAAAACUUUCUGCCAUACGUCUCCUCCCCAUCCCCCUCCUCCCCCUCCUAUAUCCCCGUGCUCGCUAGCAGCUGCCUGUCGCUCCUCCACACACUCUCCGUCGUCACUUCUCCCCUCUCACUCCUGUCCACCUCUCUCGAAGCCACACCCAUUUCUCCACCCCCUCACCACUCCCACAAAACACACCCACAAUGGCUGCAAUACGUCGACCUGACCCACUCUGGUAUCCAGGCAACGUCCAAUGGAAUUACAGAUGAUGCUGUUCGAAUUUUCAAAAAUUUCGUCUCAUUCCCAUACCCAUCCUGGCAUCUACUCAUAAAAUUUCUGCUUAGACGAGAAAGAAUCCCGUUUCUUCUGAUCUCCAUGGCGACAACACACAAACAAAUCCGGAAAGGGCGGGGGCCAACUGAAACCUCUGAAGACUCUGAUGAAAUAUUCGUGGAUCACGUCUUUCGAGUUUUGUCUCAUUGUAUGGGUGAACCAAGACUGCUUGCCGAGACCAUCUCACUUCUCAACCGGAGUAAAGGGACAACGGAGGACACUCCAGAAGACAAUUUUCAGAUGGUGUGUCGCGCUGAGUGGCUGGGACACGCCGUGAAAGAAACUCUACAGAGGUGUGUGGCCUGGUGGGUUGUGGGAGUCGCCGGCGAGCUAUGCGGCAGCGAGAGAACGUCGACUAGCGAAACUACCACUGAUUUCUGUUCCGUGUCAACAGACUCUUCUCGUGUUACGAAAGUUUCAGACCACAUUCUGAAACUUUUGGACGUGUUAGAGUGUGUCCUCACUCAACUACCUCCUCCCGUAACCUUUGCCCUCUCACACAUGCCACCAGGUAGUAGCGGCGUGGAAACUGGAGCGAAACUGGCAGAGGCAAUAGGCUCCAUAAUCGCCCCCUGGAUCUCCUCUCCCCUUCCCUCCUCCCUCCCUCCUCUUCUCCAAACACAAUUCUCCUUCUCUCUCUCCCUCGUUUCUUGGGCCCUCAAUGGAGCCGAUACAAACCAUAGACCUUUUCCUCCUCACAUAUGCGAGGAAAUAAAGGAGGGGCUGCCCCUCAUUAAGAAGCGACUGCAGUCGUUUGGUUCCACUCUCUCUGGAUCCAGUCCCGAUUCCAUUCCAGACGACAAGGAAUUAGGACAUGAAGUUGUUGCAGAUGUGCUCGAGAACUCUCCUCAAGCCCAAGAAUCACUUCGCUACAUCUAUCAAUGGCUUCAAGCUAGAAAGGAUUACAUCAUUGAGAUGCUGCAGCAGUUGCCUGGCAACAACCAAUCAGAAUACAUCGUACCCCAGCCGCCUCCUCCCAGUGACUCAUUAAUCCCACAGACAAUAGGGUUUAACCCUUUAAAAGUGGGCAUGUCCAUUGGCAGCAGGGAAAUAGGCCAGAAACAGCUCAUGGAAAUGACUCUCCGCUGGAAAGAUUUGUUGGCACUGUCACUGUCGCAAUUGCCGCACGACAAACUCGUAAAACUGGUUGGAAACCGGUUUGAGUUCCAGCCAGGAGCACAGUUGCUAGACAAUGAACCUCAACUUGUCCAGAAAAUAAACAAUCUCAUUCGUAAGAAAUCUAUAACUCUGGCGUGUGUUAAUAAUUAAUGAAUCUGAGAUGUGAUUGGUUGAUUCGGUAUGAUGUCAUAAUUAUGUCAUUCCAUCACGAAACAGAGGUCAAGAGGACCGGCGUCCCAGCUCAGGAUGGGAAGACGGUAGCUCCAUCUCAUGUGGAUCAGCCAAAGGUGGAGUUUUGGUGCUAUGUCGACCCCAGAGAAGCAAUCGCUGGUGACCUUUGCCCUCCCUCACUAGAGCGGCCAGGUAGUGCAGUCCAGCCUUCACAUCAACUACCUCCUCG